UACAUGCAUUGAAUAAUACAACUUUUCUAAUACUAUAUUGAUUUUCAGUCAGUUUAGAGGCUGUAUAUUGAAGAAUGACACUUUUGUGGACAGCACAAUUUGCUUGCUAUCGAGUUUAAAAGUCCCACCCUGAUUGCGACAGUCUGUAAGAACAAGAAACGGUCACUGAAGUUAUGAAAACAACCUGCUUCAUGUGGAAACCAAUGAACGGCACACACUGUAUCAUUAUCAGUUUGAACACAGGACAUGGAUUCCUCAUCUAAAUACCUCGAGUGAUUGUAAACAAGGGUCCGAGCAAAAAUGGGGAGAUUGGGAGCAAAACGCAAGAGAACAAAAGCAAUAAACCAACUAGUCUCAGCAAUGUCCUUCAGUGCAUGUUAGUGCUUUGUUCUUUCCUGUCUGGAGCAAUUGGUUUCUCAAGUUGCUCUUAAGAGGAAGCGAUGACGUUUAAAAAAAAAAAAAAAAAGCCCCACUACUUAAAUGAUUUAAUGAUAAAGACGUCUCACAUACUGUGUAGAUCUGAUUGCAAUACUGUUACUGUCACGCUGACGUUUCUCAGCUACAAUAUCUGCAAGGAGGUCCAUGAGAUUACACAAGUAAAUUCAAGAAGCAACACCAUAAAGUUUGAUUCAAAUGGCAACUCCUUUAACUCCGGUCUUCUCUGGACCACCUGCAUCCGCCGUUGUGCCCGCUCCCCCAUCUACACCACCAUCCCUGCCCCUGUCCCAUCAGAUUGGCAUUGCGAUCCUGGUUAUCGCUUUUGUGUUUGGUUUUCCCGGUAACCUGUUUGUAGUGUGGUCGGUACUGUGUCGAGUGCGGCGCCGCUCUGUCACCUGUCUGCUGAUUCUGAAUCUGGCCGUGGCUGAUGCUCUGGUGCUCCUGAGUUCUCCGCUUUUCAUCCGGUAUCUGGUGGGAGGGAAAGGCUGGGAGUUUGGACCUGUAGUCUGUAAGACGGUGCAUUACCUGUGCUGCGUCAACAUGUACGCCUCCAUCUACUUGAUCUGUCUGAUGAGCAUGGACCGCUGGCUCGCCGUCACCAAACCAUUUCUGUCUCAAAGGCUGAGGACCAAGAAGAGGCUCCUGAGCAUCAUGCUGGCCAUCUGGGUCAUGGCUUUUCUGAUGGCUUUACCCAUGCCAUUUUAUCGCUCUGUUGUGCAAUAUAAACCAGGUGUGCCCAUCUACCUGUGUAACCCAUACCACUGGCAGAGUGAAUCUCAUGAAAUCUUUCAGUACCUGUCUGAGACUCUGCUGGGCUUCCUGCUGCCCUUCGCCUUCAUCCUGUUCUGCUACAUCUCAGUCAUCCUUCGGCUGCGCAGCGCCAUGUUCCAGCGUAAGGGAAGAGGAAACUUUCUCAUCCUCAUCAUCAUUGCUGCUUUCACCCUCUUCUGGUUGCCGUAUCACCUGAUCAACAUCAUACAGGUGAUUGGUGUGAUGCAGGGCUCCUCUUCUUUUCUAAACGUGGCAAAAGUGGGUCGUCCCAAUGUGACAGCAUUCGCAUUCAUGAGCAGCAGUGUGAAUCCAGUCCUGUACGUGUUCGCUGGCAGCUCUCACAUCCGUCAGGCUGGUUUAGGCUUCAUGGCGAAACUUUUCGAAGGGACCAAUUCAGAGAUGGGCUCCAGCCGCAGCACCAGGUCCAGCCGCGGCUCAAAUACAGAAAACUCCGUCUUCACAAAACUGUCUGUCAAGCUGAAUCGCAAAGGUGAUGGUGCAGGAGCCGAGACCCAUGAUGGAGAAGAGGGGACCUUGGCGGACAAGACUCUGACCCCCCUGCACUGAAGUGUUCGUUUAUUCCCUCGAGGCUCAUUUAUAGUGUUAGUGAAGCUGCUGGACUUUAGUUAUCCCAACUGAAAGGAUAAUAUCAUCUUCUGCUAAAUAUAAGGUUUUAUUUCUUCUAAGGCUACAUCCACAUGAAUCAGGAGUUUUUAAAUUAAAAAAAUCUGUGUACGUACAAAAUCAUUGAAACCUACUGAAAAUGAUGUAGUAAAUAUGCCAGAGCAGCAUGUGCUACUGCAGUUCUUUCAUAGAGAUACACAAACAAUGGAAAAGACAAUUGGUGCAUUCCAAACGGGACAUUUUGCCCUCCGAAGGGUGAUUUGAAGUUUAAAAAAUUUAAGACCGCUAUAUUAAAGUGUCGUUCCAAAACAAAGUGCUCCAAAUUGGCCACUUUGAAGAGCCCUUUGGAAUGAAGUAUUUUGAAGGAUAUAACUUCCAUGAACCUUGUUCCACACUGUGUUUAAUUCGGAUGGACUCUUCCCUUUGCUCUAAACCAGGGGUCAAUCUUGGUCCUAGAGGGCCGGUGUGCCUGCAGGGUUUAGCUCCAACCUGCCUCAAAAAACCUGCCUGGAUGUUUUAAGUAUACCUUUAAAGACCUUUAUUGGCUUGUUCAGGUGUGUUUGAUUAGGGUUGAAGCUAAAAUCUGCAGGACACCGGCCCUUCAGGAGGAAGUUUGGUGACCCCUACUCUAAAAUCUUCAGAGGGUCACCUUUAAAGGGAUUAGGCACAAAGGGAUGAGCCCUUCUGAAUGAAACCCUACUGAAAAGCAGGCUGGUUGGAUGGUAUUAGCCGGUCAACCAGGCUGGUUUUAGAGGAGUUUUGGCCACUUCCAGCCCAGCCAAAACCAGCUAUGUCCAACUCAAACAGGCUAGUUAAGCUGGUUUUAG